UGUUUCUGGGUGGACAUGAUCAACGAUGCACACAACCCGCGUUCGUCUGAACGUCGUUUCAGGAAAAUGUUUCUUGAGUCCUUUCACAGCUCGUGAACAUUUACCUUGGAGACGGUUACCAUCCAGCAGGUGUUAGCUAGCAACGGGUGCAGGACAGGCCAUGUUCAGAGCGAGGGGGCAUCUGUAGGUUCAGUUUGUCUGUGAAAACUCCGGCCUCACUAAAAAUGCCUCCAAACAAACGGAUCCGGAAGAAAGCUCUUAAACUUGUGUGUGAAUGGAGCUCGUGUAAGGAGUCGUUCAGUGACGUGGAUAACUUCUGUAGGCACGCAGAGGGUCACCUUAACCCGACCAGUGAGGAGGAGGAGGAGGACCCGGAUGAAGCAGAGGGGGAGAGAAACUGCCUUUGGAGAGAGUGUGGUUUCUGCUCUGUGGAGGGUCCUGAGGAGUUACGAAGACAUCUGUACUUUCACUGUUAUCACACUAAGCUGAAGCAGUUGGGUCAGCAUGUACUCGAUGCCCAGCCCAAGAUCGGCACCUGUUCCAUCGGGUGUCAAAACCGCAACAUCAUCCCUGAAAUCCCGGACAAUUUCAUUUGCCUCUGGGAUGAAUGUGAGCAACCACCAUAUGAAAACCCAGAGUGGUUCUAUCGACAUGUGGAGAUGCACAGCCUGUGCAUAGACCUACCAGCAGGAGACUGUGAAAUCCCCUUACGCUGCAAAUGGAAAGAUUGUGAAGCCACUGCUAAAGGGCGUCCUAAACUGCGGGAGCACCUACGCAGCCACACGCAGGAGAAGAUAGUGGCAUGUCCAGGCUGUGGGGGGAUGUACGCUAACAACACCAAGCUCUUUGACCACAUUAUUCGACAGAGCGCCAUGGAAGGCCAGAGGUUCCAGUGUUCUCACUGCUCCAAACGCUUUGCAACAGAAAGACUCCUGAGAGAUCACAUGAGAACUCAUGUGAGCCACUACAAAUGUCCGCUGUGUGACAUGACCUGUCCAUCACCCUCUGCGCUGCGUAACCAUAUCAAGUUCCGCCACAGCAACGAGAAACCGUAUAGCUGUGAAUACUGUGAAUACAGCUGCAAGAAUCUGGUCGACCUGCGAAAACACCUGGACACCCACAGCAGCGAGCCGGCUUUUCGCUGUGAUGUCCCCGCCUGUGGCUUCACCGCUCGCACACUCAUCACCAUGAAGAUUCACCACAAGAGAGAGCAUGAGGGGAAUUUUGUGCCUUGCUACAAGUGCCAUGUUUGUGAUCAGUGCUUCACCCGGGGCAACAACCUAACUGUUCAUCUGCACAAAAAGCACCAGUUCAAAUGGCCUUCUGGGCACCCGAGAUUCAGGUACAAGAAGCACGAGGACGGCUUCUUUCGGCUGCAGCUGAUCCGCUACGAGAGCGUGGAACUGACGGAGCAACUGAUGAGGGAACGACAAAACAGGCAAGCUGAGGACGACGAGGACAGCGGGCAGGCUGAGGGUCAGGAGAUGGAGGGCGGGGACUUGGGGGGAGCUCCUUCAGAGCUACAGGAAGAACUAAGAGGAGUGCUGCUGGAGGAGCAGAGGACUGAGGAGCCAUCCAGCGCCGAGGAGCAGAUGUUUUACUUUCUCACUGGAGCGGAGGACUCUGCCAUGCAAGAUUCUGCUCAGCAGCAAGGAAUGCAGGUGGUUUGACUUCCCCAAACAAUCCUGCACAGUGCAUUUUUACAGCUAGAAGAACAAUGUGAAGAGGAUUAUGUUGUGCCCCUAAGCCUUUAUAAGAGCUGUGCAGAAAUCAGAUUUUCAUUAGAAAAGAGAGGCACUUAAAUGAAAAGUCUUAAUCAAGUUAUGAGUGCUCUGUGGUGAUGAACAUUGACUAUGAGCCUAUAUUAGGUGAAACAUCUUUCUUUUUUUUUUACCAUGUUUACUGUUUACUGCUGUUGAGUUGUAGACAUCCUGUGUGCCAUAUUUAAAACAUUUUCCAUCCAUUCAUUGUAUCUCAUACUGUUACACCCUUGGACUGCCACAGCAUCUGAAAGGAUAGUUGAAUAUUCACCAACAUGUGGAGACCAGCGAGGAAAGCCUACCUCUGAGAGUGUGCUUUUUGAAGAUUAAUUUCCAACUU